AUCGCGGCGGGACUCGCGUCUGCCGACGUCCCGAUCUCCGUGCAGUACGACGCCACCUACGCGCUGCCCGAGGCUCGCGGCUUCCCGUGCUCCGGUGACGGCGCGGCGCCUGUGGGCCAGACGUGCCCCCAGGCGGGCGACGUUGCCGUCGGCGACUGCUACCCGUACCUGCCGUCCUUCAACGGAACCGACUGCGUGGCCCCCGUGGACGCCGAGUGCGUCUACGUGACGGGAGACACGUGGGGCUGUGCGUUCCCCACGACG